AUGAGCAGUGGCGAUAAUGUUGUUUCCUCAGAAGAAAAAACUCCUGAACAAAUCGAAGAGGAGAAGCUACGAGCGAAGUACCCUAAUUUAGUAACGAAGGGCCCAUCAAUUCUUCAAAAACGUCUCAAUCGCAACGUGAAGUAUUUUGAUUCCGGAGAUUACAAUAUGGCGAAAGCCCGUUGCAACAAUCCUCAAAAAUCUGGUGCAUUAACAGCCAAUCCACUCACAUCCUCUGCCUCCCCUGUUCUUCCCGUUGAAGUCAUGGCCGCCCAGCAAACCGGUGAUACGAUUCCCACUCCUGAGAAUGUUCCCGCAGUGCGGAAAAAAGCUGCGGAAUUGCAGCAAGAGCUCCAAAACCAAACGCACUUGAGCGCUCCAGGUGCUGUCAAUGCCACAGGCCACCCUAACAUGCCGCUCCCUGGCUCACCUACUAAGCCAGCCGCAGAGCCCUUUUCUACCGCCACUGCACCGGACCACUGA